AUGAGACCGUUUUGUUCUUUUUCAUGGACAAAAAACUUGCUCAUCAUAGCUGCUGUACUCUCACAAAUCAAUGCUGAUUACGACGAUGAUGAAUGUGAUUGCCCCCACCAAACGUACGGUGAGGAGUACGAAAGCGGUGAAAUAAAGCGAUUGACGAAACCGCAGGAUUGUGGAAUCGAGCAAUGCGUUAUCCAGGUGGAACCCGGACGAAAUACGAGUCUGACUCUUUUCCUUGAAUCAAUCACCCUAAACUCACAGGACAGACUGCAAUUAUCUCAAUACUUUGUAAUUAACGAAACCGAAAUUCAUUCGUUGUAUUAUGUUGAACUUGGCAGCACUUAUCGACGCUCUAUAUUUACUGCAGCAGUUGGGGUCGGCUUCACGAUAAGGUACUGGUUCCAGACUAGAAUGUGGUACGGUUCAUCCUCCUUCACAAUCUCUUUCGAUCGAGUUGGACCAGAUGUCAAAACGUGUCCUUUUCCUCUCCUUCGGUCUUCUUUGGCCUUCACAAAUGUCCCAAGCAUCGAAAGACUAGGACCGCUACGUUGUCCAUUCCGGAUCGUUCCAUCAGUGCCUGGGCGGAAAAUUCUCAUGAACUUCAAUAAGAUGCGAGGGACAAACUUCUACGAGAAGCAAGAAAACUACAAUUUGAGAAUGGUACCUCCCGAAACUAAAAAAUUCCAUUCAACCAUGGAUAGCGUCGAUUUUGUGCUUGAAAGCCUAUCUCCGCUUUAUUUGCCCAGAUACAACAUCACCUAUAAGGAGCUCGCCGAAGACCCUUGCUUCUGCGACAAGAAUGACGUGGUUGUUGGCAGUACUCCCGUCUACAUAACAUCGCCAGGAUUCCCAGACAUAUACUGCUCGAAUUUCCGCUGUAGAAAGCGCUUCGUUCACAACGACACUUUGCUCCAUGACUCUGAACUGACAUUCGUUGUCAAUGUACAUUAUCUCAGCACGGAAAAAUCGGAUUAUAUUGAAUUUUACUCAGAUGGGACCAAGAUGGAAAGGUUAAACGGGAGUCGUGAAGAUGUGCGAUUAGUUCUGACAGGUGACGUCAUGGAGACAGAGUUCGUCACGGAUAAAACAAUCGUACAGCAUGGUUAUAAUAUGACCGUCGAGUCUACCCGUAUUCCUACUGACUGCCUUUGCCCUCACAAAGGAGUAAAGACAAUGCUCUCCAAAGGAAGUGUCAGAAUGGACAUCCCAGAGUACUGCACGGUCGUCUACUGUAAAUGGAGCAUCCCAACAUUAUUGUAUACUUUGAAAUUUGCUGCUUUGUUCAAUUUCACAUCAGAAUUCGACAUGCUUACAGUAGCCGCCGGGAAUGAUGUGCGACAGCAAUGUCUAAUAUUUCCAGAUUUUCGACUAUCUCUGGGAAAACUCUCAAGAAGACAAUGGGAAAUGCUUGGAAACUCUCCACCGGUCACAAUUCUAUACGAGCGAGCUGUACAAGCGAACUCGUCGUUACCAUCCGCAAUGACAUCAUUCGUCGUUAGUUGGAUGCCGAAUGAAGGUUGUUCCUGUAACAACGGUUCGGAAAAGGGUGCAGUUGUUGGCGAGUGGACGGAGCUGACGUCGCCAGAUUAUCCGCUAUCGUACUGUAAUGACAUGCUGUGUGUCACGAGAAUCAUUGCUCCCGAAGGCCAUCAUGUUGUACUGAACAUCACUGAUUUCUACACUGAACCCUAUAACGAUGUGCUAGCGCUAUUCGAUGGCACGAAUAUCACUGGAAGACACAUGGACGUGUUUCACGGCAAGAAACGGUUUCCUUACUUGAUUCGAAACACAAACGAGACCUUAACAUUGGUUUUCAAAUCGGAUCAUGACGUCUCCUAUCAUGGAUAUCGUCUUCUUUUCUCCGCCGAACCCAACGAUGAGGAUCACCCAGAUGGCUUUCACUCGCCUACGCAUUAUGCCACUUUUGUUAUUAUCCUUCUAUCGAUCAUGCUAAUUACUGCCAUCGUUCUUGCAGUAUUUAGACGAUUUCCUCUACGCUUCGAAAACCCGCUCUAUUCCACCGUUCGUUAUUCCGAGCAGGCUGAGUAA